UUGGGGGGCUGUGGUCCCCUCCGAAGUGGGGCAUCCCACCCUCCCAGUGCCCCCUGUGGGGUGUCCCAGCUGUCCCCAGGCAGUAGGACAAUCCCUCCGCAGCCAAGGUUCCCUGUGUGUCACCACACCCGUCACCAGGAGACGGUGUCACCACAACAGGGGACAUUCCACAGCCCUCCAGGAAGCUCAGGAGCUGCUGUGGGGACAGUCCCACCAUGGAGUUCAUCUCUCCCCACGCCAAGCUGCGCUCCCUGCCGCGGGGCUUGCCCGCCGUGGGGCUGGGCACCAAGGGAAGAGCCGACCUCAUGAACUUCUAUGCCACCACCUACGCCGUGGCCCACGCCCAGCCACGUGUCCAGCCCUUCCUUGGCCACCACAUUGUCACGGGCUACGUGCCCAACAACGACUCGGCCGUGCCCUGCCUGCUCCGUGCAGCCGAGGGCCACCAGCAGGAAGCCACGUCCACCACCACCGAGCACUUCAAGCCCUUCUUGCUCCUCGAUGGCCGGAGCCUCCUGCCCGGGCAGGUCCACCAGACGGAGAGCGGGUACUUCCAAGUGUCCCCCCUUUCCUGGCUCAACAUCGGGGUGGGGAGUCACCAGGGCCCCCCACAAGCACCCAAGGACCACGGCACCAGUCCAGAAAUCCUGCAGAAGAUGACCAUCGGCACCAUGGAGCAGUCGGGCUUCUCCAGGGCCACCAGAAGGACCGACAGCCUCCUGCCAACCCUGCCAGGCCAGCCCGGGGACAAGGGGAGGGGAAAGGGGGGUGACAAAGCCAGACCUUCCCCCCCCUAA